AUGUUUGGGCUCAAGCUGAAGAAGAAGAAGAAGAAAGCAGAAAAGGGGUUAAUCCUAGCCAAUAAGGCUGCCCAAGAUGGCCAGAGUGAAGCAGAGGCACCACAGGAGGGGUCUUCUCAUCAGGAAGGACCAGGAGGAGAUUUUAUUUAUGAUCAUGAAUCUGUCACUCCUAUCCCUUCAACUCCUCCAAAGAGAAGAUCAAAACUGUUGACUAAGAUCCAUGAUGGGGAGGUCAGGUCCCAAAACUAUCAAAUUGCCAUCACCAUCACUGAGGCCCGCCAGCUGGUGGGUGAGAACAUUGAUCCAGUUGUGAUCAUUGAGGUCGGGGACGAGAAGAAGCAAAGCACAGUGAAGGAAGGAACCAACAGCCCAUUUUACAAUGAAUACUUUGUCUUUGACUUCAUUGGACCCCAACUGCAUCUUUUUGACAAGAUCAUCAAAAUCUCAGUUUUUCACCACAAGCUGAUAGGCAGCAUAUUGAUCGGCUCCUUCAAAGUAGACCUGGGCACUGUGUACAACCAGCCUGGUCAUCAGUUCUGUGACAAGUGGGCCCUGCUCACAGACCCUGACGACAUCAGGACUGGCACGAAGGGGUACCUGAAGUGUGACAUCAGUGUGACUGGGAAAGGCGACGUCUUGAAGACCAACCCCAAAACCUCUGAUGCCGAGGAGCAAAUAGAAAAGAACCUUUUGAUCCCUCAAGGGUUUCCAUCAGAGAGACCCUGGGCCAGAUUCUAUGUGAGACUCUUCAAAGCAGAGGGCUUGCCCAAAAUGAACUCCAGCAUCAUGGCUAAUGUCACUAAAGCAUUUGUGGGUGACAAUAAGGACCUCGUGGACCCCUUUGUGGAGGUCUCCUUUGCUGGGCAGAUGGGGCGAACCACAGUGCAGAAGAACUGUGCCAAUCCUGUGUGGCACGAACAGGUGGUCUUCAAGGAAAUGUUCCCUCCUUUGUGUCGGAGGGUGAAAAUCCAGGUGUGGGACGAAGGCAGUGUGAAUGAUGUAGUGCUGGCCACCCAUUUCAUCGACCUGAAGAAAAUCUCCAACGAACAGGAUGGAGAUAACGGCUUUCUACCAACUUUCGGACCUGCCUGGAUUAACCUGUACGGUUCACCCAGGAACCACAGCCUGAUGGAUGACUACCAGGAACUGAAUGAAGGUUUUGGAGAAGGCGUGUCAUUCAGGGGCAGAAUCUUGGUGGAAAUUGCUGUGGAGAUCCUCUCGGGAGGGGCGCAGGAAUCUAAAUUUUCCAAGGCACUCAAGGAGCUCAAGUUGUCUUCAAAGGACAAGGACUCCAAAUCUUCCAAAGGCUCCAGUAAAGACAAGGGUGACAAAACCAAUGAUGGAAAGUCCCAGCAGGUGUCAGACAAGACCAACUCAACAGAGGUAGAGGUGGAACCUUUAGAUGUGCCCCCCCAGAUUAUACCAGAAAAAUAUGAGAAAUUUUUACUUUUUGGAGCAUUUUUUGAAGCUACCAUGAUUGACCGGAAGAUUGGAGAUAAACCCAUUAGCUUUGAAGUUUCUAUCGGUAAUUUUGGGAAUCUGCUUGAUGGAGGGUCCCAUCAUGGGAGUAAGAAGUCAGCUGAAUCAGCUGAAGAAGACAGCCUCCCACUCCUGCAUGAAGGAGAAGGGGAUGCAGCCCACAAUGUUGCCAUCCCUAUGGUCUCCACCACUCACCCAGAGAAGCCACUCGUGACAGAAGGAAACAGGAAUUACAACUAUUUGCCUUUUGAGGCCAAGAAGCCCUGUGUCUAUUUCAUCAGUUCUUGGGAAGACCAGACAUUUAGGCUGCACUUGUCCAACAUGCUGGAGAAAAUGGCGGACCUGCUGGAAGAAAGUAUAGAAGAAGUGAGAGAAUUGAUCAAGAUUUCAGAGAAAGCAUCAGAAGAUAAAAUAAAGACGGUGCUCAGUGACUUCAUCAGUCAAAGCAGUGUUUUUAUCUCUGAAGCAGAGAAGAAACCCAAGAUGUUGAACCAAACCACCUUAGAUAAGAAACGACUUACGCUCUGUUGGCAGGAGCUGGAAGCAAUGGCCAGGGAGGCCAAGGGGAUCAUUCAGCAGCAGAAGAAAAAGUUAUCUCUUGAUGAAAUGAUCCAUGAAGCAGAAAACUUUGUGGAAAAAAUCCGCUUCCUUGUCGAUGAGCCACAGCACACCAUCCCCGACGUCUUCAUCUGGAUGCUUAGCAACAACAGGAAAGUGGCAUAUGUCCGCAUUGCCUCCAAAGACCUGCUCUAUUCCCCCAUCAGGGAGCAGAUGGGCAAACACUGUGGGAAGAUCAAAACUCAUUUCCUCAAACUUCCUGGAAAACAGCCGGCUGGUUGGUCAGUGCAAGCGAAAGUUGACGUGUACCUGUGGCUGGGCUCCACCAGACACUCCAGUGCCAUGUUGGACAACUUGCCAGUAGGCUAUGAAGCAGAAAUGUCCUCCAAAGUGGCCUGCGCCGAUCAACCCCCAGCCAACCUGCUCUACCAAGCCCGGCAUGUCUUUCAGCUGAGAGCACACAUGUACCAAGCCCGGGGCCUCAUUGCAGCCGAUAGCAGUGGACUCUCAGACCCCUUUGCCAAGGUCACGUUCCUUUCUCACUGCCAGACCACAAAGGUCAUUUCCCAGACCCUCUCCCCCACCUGGAACCAGAUGCUGUUAUUCAAUGACCUGGUGCUGCAUGGAGACCAGAAAGAGCUGGUGGAGUCCCCGCCUUCGGUGGUGGUGGAACUAUAUGACAGCGACGCCGUGGGGAAGCCAGAAUAUUUGGGUGCCACCGUGGCUGCUCCUGUUGUGAAGCUAGCUGACCAGGACUAUGAGCCGCCCGGGCUGUGUUAUCACCCCAUCUUUUGUGGGAGCCUCUCCGGAGGGGACCUCCUCGCUGUAUUUGAACUGCUGCAGGUCCCUUCAUCUGGGCUACGAGGGCUCCCUCCCAUUGACUCACCGGAUGUUGCCCAGAUCUACCCAGUUCCCGCCAACAUUCGGCCAGUGCUGAGUAAAUACCGAGUGGAGGUCCUCUUCUGGGGAGUCCGAGAAAUGAAGAAGGUGCAGCUGCUCUCCGUGGAUCGCCCUCAGGUCCUCAUCGAGUGUGGGGGACGAGGAGUCAAGUCCUGUGUGAUCCAGAGCUACAAGAACAACCCGAACUUCAGCGUCCAGGCAGACGUUUUCGAAGUGGAGCUGCCUGAGAACGAGCUUCUGCACCCGCCCCUGAGCAUCUGCGUGGUGGACUGGCGAGCUUUUGGGAGGAGCACCCUGGUGGGCACCUACACCAUCAACUGCUUGAAGCAGUUUUUGUGUAAAUCCAAGGAGUCCCCGGCCCUCACCUCCCAGGUGGACGGAACCCAAGCUGAGCAAGCUCUUUCAGAUUUGUCAGUAGCCACUGAGCCCUCUGGAUCCCUUGGCUUCUCACAGGAGCUUCCAACAGAUCACAUCUAUGUGGAUAUUGAGCCGCCUCCCACAGUGGUACCCGACUCUGCCCAGAUUCAACCAAGCAGCGUGGUUGAUAUCCCUGACUCAUCUCCUAUGCUUGAGCCUGAACCCAAAUCGGCAGCCCAGGAGCCACCCAAAGAUGGUAAAGCUAAGGAUGCCAGGAAACUUUCUCGAAGGUCGACCAAGAGGAGAAAGAGGACCAUAGCGGAUGAAUCUGCUGAAAAUGUCAUUGACUGGUGGUCCAAAUAUUAUGCCUCCCUGAAGAAACCACAGAAGGAAAAGGAGAGCAAUCCCAAGGAGAAAAGAGGCAAUGCAGAGGCAAAACCAGACAAGGUGGUCGUAAAUAUAGAAAAUGGGCCAAAGAAGAAGAAGGACAAGAUGCUCAAGAAGAAACCCAAAGAAGACGAAAUCCCCAACCUGGCUGUCUUGCAGAUAUAUGAGGGUGAUCUCGAGAGUGAAUUCAACCAUUUUGAAGACUGGGUGAAAACCUUUGAGCUCUUCAGAGGCAAGUCUACGGAGGAUGACCAUGGCCUGGAUGGGGACCGAGUCAUAGGGAAGUUUAAGGGCUCCUUCUGCAUUUACAAGAGCCCCAAGGAUUCCAGCAUCGAGGACAGUGGGCAGCUGAGAAUCCAGCAAGGCGUUCCACCCAACCACCCCGUCAAAGUCCUGAUCAGGGUGUACGUUGUUGCGGCAUUUAAUCUCAGCCCUGCUGAUUCGGAUGGCAAAGCGGAUCCCUACAUUGUGGUCAAGCUUGGCCAAACAGAAAUCAAAGACCGGGACAAAUACAUCCCCAAACAACUGAACCCAGUAUUUGGAAGGUCAUUUGAGAUCCAGGCCACAUUCCCAAAGGACUCCCUGCUCUCCAUCCUGAUCUACGACCAUGACCUGAUCGGGACAGAUGACCUCAUUGGGGAGACCAGGAUCGACCUGGAGAACCGUUUCUACAGCAGACACCGAGCCAUCUGUGGCUUGCAGAGCCAGUACGAGAUGCAGUGCAGUUUAGACAGCUGCAUCCCAAAGCUCCUGGUGUGGAAUGUGGCCAUGCUUACGGUCAGUGAAAAACAGCUCCAGGGCAAGGUUGAAGCCGAGUUCCACUUAGUGACAGCAGAGGAAGCAGAGAAAAACCCUGUCGGAAAAGCCCGGAAGGAGCCAGAGCCCCUGGCCAAGCCCAACCGCCCAGACACCUCCUUCUCCUGGUUUGUGAGCCCCUUCAAAUGCCUAUACCACUUCAUCUGGAAGAAUUACAAAAAAUACAUCAUCAUCGGUUUCAUUCUGAUCAUCCUCAUCAUCUUCCUGGUCCUCUUCAUCUAUACCUUGCCUGGAGCCAUUAGCCAAAAGAUCGUCAGGGGCUCCUAGAGAAGCAUGGAGGACCGGGCCCCUCCUGUUCCACUAAUCCUCUCUUCUUCCUCAUCUCUAAUAUGGAAGAGCAUAUGCUCUGUGUAGGCACUGUGUUGGGUGCUAAGAGGAUGAACACAAAGGGCCCAAGAACCAGUCCCUUUGUCUAAGGACAGAUCAGCUCUUCUUGGAGGAAAUAGGAAAGGAGCCUCCCCUCCCUGCUCCAACCCCUGCCACCACCUUUCAAACUCACAAGCUUUAAGCCAUGUUUUCGCCCAUGGACAGCAUGAAAUGAUGACUCCUUUGCCUCAGAGUAAUCAAUGGUGACCUCAGAUUGAUUUAGGUGAAUGUUUUCUUUAUGUAAUUGGUUUUAUUCUUAGAAGUCUAAUUCUGGGUCUGAGAUUUAUUGGAAGUGCUUUCUUUUAAAUAAAAAUUUUACAGCAAAUAAACUGAAAGCAUUUUUAGCAAAUUACUAGACAUUCAACCUGUCCCAUAUAUCUUAACCUUGUUUAAUCCUUACAGUUUAUAGAACACAUUCACUUAUUCAGGCUGUGAAACUGUCUUGGAGAAAACUUUUUAUCACCUAAAAUACUUUGUUGUUGAAAUUCCCAUCUAGAGAUGAGAUGUUGCUGGUUUUCCAUCAAAGUCAACACUUAUAGAACAUGUUCAAUAGAAGUAAUGAGUUCUGGGGCAAUCCACUGGGAUUGAUGCUCUAUGGCAAUUUCUAAGUGGGAAUUUUAUAAAUAUGAAAUAUUAUUUUGUGUAUGUGUAUUGGGGGGGGUGUACCUCCAUAAUACCAGUAGGAAUUCUCUUUAGCCAGAUAUAUAAGCCCCACCAAAUAUGGUGUUCCCAUAGACCAUGCUAUGAAUGACCAUGCUUGGCACUAUUCAGCACUUAGUCUUACCACCAUAAGUAGUAGGUACUAUCAUGACUCUCAAGCAUGCAUUAUUUUCAAAAGUAGUCCCAGAAAUAAUAUCCUAUGUACUUGUCAGGUGGGGUCAAGUUUUUGUUUUUGUUUUUUUUUUAAAGAAAACCUUUGUUUUUCUACACUGUCUAGAUCUGCCACCCCACCUAAAGCAGGGAGUGGAAAUGAGCAGCUGGUGUUCUCAGUUAAAAUAAGGAAACAAAGGAAUUAGAGUGUUUGGCCUCAUACACAAAUAAAUAUGGCAACCAUUUCUUCUUCCAAGCAUGAGGGGCCAUUUGGCAGUAUUGAGGAGGCUGGAUUGGGGAUCCCCUCUCAACACCAGAAGCACCUGGGCUACUGUUUUCUUUAUAUCUUCUUGCACAUAUGUAACUCUUCUAAAAUGAAGGAUAUUUACUUCCACAUGGAAAGUCAUUCUAGAAUAUUCCUGGUUGAUCAAAAUAAGAUUGAAGCAUGGGCUGUGUGAUUUUAGACUUAGUGUUGUUCAUUGAAUUCUGGCCCUAGGUGCGCACUGCCUAGUAACUAUAAUGCCCUAUUUUCCUGAAGUGAUGAAAAAUAGAGCAUUUAUGGCAUUGGUGAUGUUUCCUGGUGGGAUUAGUUACAUAAACUGUGCUUUUCCUUGCUGUGGAAUCACACGGGCACCAGAAAUCGUGGAGUGAAAAAUACUUGAGGACAUGGAAUGCAUACAUUGAAUACAUUGUAAGUGAAAAAAAAACCCAAACAUACAAGUUAGAAAACUGUAUGUACAGCAUGAUAUAAAAAGAAAACAUGUAUACAUGCAUAGAGAUAAAGCCUGGGGGAAUAUGCCAAAAGGUGAAUAGUGAUUAUCUUUAGGU